AUGGCUGAACCGGCUAUUCUCCCAGCUAGCGCGAGCGGGCAAAAGUUCGUCACUGUGUCUCCCAUUCUCGGUGGCAGUAUUACAUUGCCCGAGCGAUAUUUCGUCGACCCUGCCAAUCCAGACGCUUGCCAAACAGUCCCGUCGCUGGCGUUUUUCAUCACUCACCCGAAUUACAAAGGAAAUCGUACGCGAAUCAUGUUUGAUCUCGGGCUGCGGUCUUCCCUCAGCAAUUACACGGACGCCCAGCAAAAACACUUGUCAAACAGAAAGCCAUUUCUCAUCGGCCCUGGUGUCGCGCACGCUCUUCGCGAAGGAGGUACUAACCCCUCGAACAUCGAUAUGGUCAUAUUAAGCCACGUUCAUUACGAUCAUCACGGAGAUCCAGAGCAUUUUCCCAAGGCUACGUUUAUUGUUGGACCUGGAACACAGCAUUUGCUCGAGCAUGGCCUUGGCGCCACGGCGAGUCACCAGAACUUCACUCCAGAUCUCCUCCCUCAAGAUCGCGUCCUGGAGCUUCCAAACAUCGGAGAGGAGGGCGAGUAUACUUGGAAGUCGUUGGGGAAAUUCUCCUACAUCGAUAUUUUUGGUGACGGGUCAGCUUUCGUGCUCAAUUCCCCUGGCCACCUUCCGGGCCACAUCAACCUGCUUUGCAGGGUUGGGCCUGACAGAUGGGUCUGCCUGUGCGGAGACUCGUAUCAUGACCAACGCCUACUCACUGGCGAGCGAGAUAUUGCGACUUGGAAAGAUGCUUGCGGAAUGAGCUGCUGCAUUCACGUCAGCCCCGACGCUGCGGGGACGUUUAUCGGCUAUUUGCGAGAGCUGGCUGAAUUGGGAAAUGUGGAAUUGAUCAGUGCUCAUGAUGCUAUUUGGUACGAACAGAAUAAGGGACGUUUAUUUCCGUCUACUCUAUAG